GAAAUGGCCAAUGGGCAAAUUAGAAAAGGAGAGGUAACUGAGAAAGCAAAGGGGUAAAGUAGUACACGUGGAACGUAUCACAAUCCAAUUGUGAGAUUGACGUGGCAAGUUUCACAUCCUUUAUUCUUCUUCUCUUCAUCCUUUCUUCUCCCUCGACAGGCACUACACACAAACCAAAAAGAUUCAUCCAUGGCGCUCAGGCUGCCCACGCAACUCGCCACACCUGUCAACCUUCACCGCGACGCCUUCUCCUCCCGCCGCUCGUUUGCGCCCUCCGACACUCUCUUCUCUUCAUUUCCUUCUUUCGUUUCAUCUUCCUCCGCUAGGAGAUCUUGUUGGCUACCUGUAGUUAGAUGUACGGCUCAGCAAACUGGACCUGUGAAUCUAGCGCCGGGGACACCGGUAAGACCUACUAGCAUUCUAGUGGUUGGUGCCACUGGAACCUUGGGUAGGCAGAUUGUGAGGCGCGCGUUGGACGAAGGCUACGAGGUUCGUUGUCUUGUUAGGCCUCGUCCGGCUCCUGCUGAUUUUCUUCGCGAUUGGGGCGCCAUAGUCGUCAAUGCAGAUUUAAGUAAACCAGAAACUAUCCCUGCGACAUUGGUCGGGAUUCAUACUAUCAUAGAUUGUGCUACAGGACGCCCGGAAGAGCCCAUUAAGACGGUAGAUUGGGAAGGUAAAGUUGCUCUGAUACAAUGUGCCAAGGCUAUGGGAAUUCAGAAGUAUAUUUUCUUCUCCAUCCAUAACUGUGACAAGCAUCCUGAAGUUCCACUUAUGGAGAUCAAGUACUGCACUGAGAAGUUUCUCAAGGACGCAGGCUUAAAUCACAUCAUUAUUCGUUUAUGUGGUUUCAUGCAAGGUCUCAUAGGGCAGUAUGCAGUACCUAUUUUAGAAGAGAAAUCUGUUUGGGGUACAGAUGCUCCGACAAGAAUUGCCUACAUGGACACCCAGGAUAUAGCCAGGUUGACAUUUAUUGCAUUGCGUAAUGAGAAUAUGAAUGGCAAACUUCUUACAUUCGCUGGCCCUCGUGCAUGGACAACUCAAGAGGUCAUAACAUUGUGUGAGAGGCUUGCUGGACAAGAUGCAAAUGUUACUACUGUCCCAGUUUCAGUGUUGAGAUUCACUCGUCAAUUGACUAGGUUUUUUGAGUGGACAAAUGAUGUUGCUGAUAGAUUAGCAUUUUCGGAGGUUCUUACAAGCGACACUGUUUUCUCUGUUCCAAUGACAGAGACAUACGAUCUCCUUGGUGUAGAUGCAAAAGAUAUAAUAACUUUAGAGAAAUACCUGCAGGAUUACUUCACUAAUAUUUUGAAGAAAUUGAAGGAUCUCAAAGCACAAUCUAAGCAAUCUGACAUUUUUAUAUGAAGUCUUCAAUUUGUAAUGUAAAUGAAGCUUUGUAUGUAUUUUAACUCUUGAUACAUCGUAACUUCUUGUGCAAGGUAUGCUCAUUUAUUCCUUCUCUCUUCCCCUAACCCCAUGUCCACCUCAGCUCUGUCUAUAUUAUCCUGUUCAAUUGUAGUAGUGGAAAUUUAAUUGGUCGUUUGCUGAUUGAUA